AUGCGCCUGACAGAUCCCCGCGUUUCAAGGCCAGACAAGCCAAAAGGGAACGCGAAAUCCGUGGCUUCGCGGAAGCGAAAGGCUACCUCCGAACUGUCUGCAACGCUUGAGAGCGAUCACAGCAUCAGCAGGAUGACACCUGGUAAUCUCGUUGACAGCCAGGAGAAUCCGAUCUCAACCUUAUCGCAAGCCACUGUGAUCAGUGCCGUCGAAACAUAUCGAAAGAAAUUCCCGGUCGCGAAUUUCCUGCACUACCCAUCUUUAAUUUCCGACAUUUCCUCUAAUUUCGAAUCCAUAGAGCCGAUAUUCAUUGCCUCCCUUUUAUCUCUGUGCAGGCGUUUCAUGGCCGGGGAUGCGCUUGGGGAUGAGGACAUCUACGCUGAUUAUGCCCGGAGAAAUCUUGCGCACCGUGUCCUCGAGGCUCCUUCAUUAUACCUCGCUCAAUCACUAGUUAUUAUUUCGUUUUAUGAAUGGGGGACUGGGCGCCCAUACCAGGCUUGGAUGUACAGUGGCAUGGCCACCUACAUGAUUCAAUCGCUUCUCAAAAUGGCCGACGACAGCAUGGAGCAUAAUCCCCAAGAAUUCCAUGCUUCCCAAACCCAAUACGAACAGCUCGUCCGCACUUACUGGGUUUGUUUUGCGCAAGAUUGCGAACUGAGCUCCGGAGCUCGGCAGCAUUUUGCUCUAUCAUUUUCUCACAUUUCAGUCCCGCUUCCAAUUAGCGACCGAGAUUUCGCCUUUAACCAGGUACCAGAAAGGAGGCUGAUGCCGGCCGAUAUGAACAAGCAAAGCAGUCUUGCAAGAAACCUAACAAUUGAGCACGGUCUGACGAUCGUUACCCGUGGCUUCGACAUAUUUGUGCGGAUCUUGAGAUUUGCAAAUGAACAUCGCCGUGCUCUUGCUUCUCUAACUUCAGACGAUUCCGAAGCGUCGCCACUUCAUCGGGAUUGGCAACGGCUCAAAGAAGAGCUGGACGAAUGGAGGUCACUCCAGGAUAGGACAGUCCGUUACCCAGACACAGCCGCCCAAGCACAUGUUUCCCUCGGAUAUGGGGAGCUGUUUGCCUACAUAAAUCUACUCUACUUCAUGAGUAUUUUAUUUUUGCACCGCGAUCGCUUUCUCUCAAAUCUCAAACCGCACUCUGACGUUUUUCACGACAUGAACCACGAUGACCAAUUCGAGCCUUACACAAUCAAGCAGUUAUUUGAAGCUGCACAGAACAUUGGAGGGGUACUAUCGGCACUUGAAAAUUCAAAAGCAGCAGUCAUGACCCCCUACUCCGGGUUCAGCGUAUUUGUCGCGGUGCACAUCAAUAUGUACGGUACUAUCGCCCCAGCACGCUAUCCUGGAGGAGUCGAGAGAGCAGAGGAAGAGAAAAUUCAGAAUCUCGCCUAUCUCGAGCGACUCAGUAAACUAUGGCCAGUCGGUCGGAGCUGGUGGCGAACUGUACAAGAAGCAAACCGGUUUUACGAAACAGUGAAGAACUCUCAGACACACCCCGAGUCCGGCAUGCAUAGCCCUAGAAGGUUUGCUUUAGCAGGAACACUCGAUGAAUAUGGUGACAUUCGUUCUCGCCCAAGGGCAAUGAGUUCCGAGCCUGGAAACACCCAAAGCUCACAUAACAUACACCGGGCAGCAUCGUCACCCAGUUUUGAAGGCGAUAACUCGCUUUUUAACAGAGACGGCACUAUAUUAGCAGGGCAUCCUGACUUCGAGACGGACAUGUUCCAAUGGCCCUUCAUUGAUGCAUCGUGGGCCGCAGGAUUUGACGCUGGCCUCGAUGGUCUGUGGCACAACUCGGGUCUAUUCGAUCCGAAUCCUUCUGUGCGAUAA